AUGGCGCAGGUGCCGCAGGCCCACGCGUACGCGUCGCACUUCGUCAAGGCCUUCCUGACGACGGCGCACCAGGACCCCAGCGAGCUGUACAAGUACUUCAACCCCACGGCGUCGCUCAAGGUCGUCACCGCCGCGCCCGCGAAGGGAGCGAAGGAUGCCGAGGAGCUCGCCAGCGGCUCGGCCGCCAUCGGCGACCUCUUCGCCAAGCUCGACCUCCCCGCGGGCUCCAAGGUCAACGUGUACUCGCUGGACAACGUCCCGCUGUCCGCGCAGCAGGACUGCGUGCUGAUCAACGUGCACGGCCGCAUGGAGUGGCCCGACGCCGCCGGCGCGCACGCCCCGCGCGAGUUCCUCCUCACCGUGGUGAUCAAGCUGCGCGCCGACGCCCAGGUCACCGCCUGCGACGUGACCGACUGCAUCAUCCGGUUCCUCGCCACCAAGCCGCAGCCGGCGCCCGCGCCGGCGCCGGAGAAGCAGCAGGAGAAGCCCGCCCGGGCCAACGGCGGCGCCGCCGCAGCCGCGGCGGGGGAGGCCUUCCCGGCGCCCGUCCCGGUGCCGGAGACGGUCGACGUCCCGGCGCCGGCCAAGGCGAAGGCGCCGGCCAAGGCGCCCGCGCCGGCCAAGGCGCCCGCGGCGCCCGCCGAGCCCGCGGCGCCGCCCGCCCAUGGCGGGCGGGCGGGGCCUGCCGCGCGCGGCGCCGGCGUGGACGUGGCGUCGGCGCCCGCGCCGCCCCGCAGCGGCGCGCGGCGCCGGCCAAGCCCGCGCCCGCGGCCGCGGCGCCCCCCGCGGUGGAGGGCAGGCCCGCGGAGGACCCCCUGGCGGUGUUCGUCAAGCACCUCCCCGCCGGGGCCGACGAGGCGGCCGUGCGCGCCGCGUUCUCCGCGGCGUUCGGCGCGCCGACGCACGUCAGCGUGCGCAACGACCACGCCAUCGUGGCCUUCGCGGACCAGGCCGUGA